AUGAAGAGCAAAGCCAAAGGGACUAUUCUGCCUCUGCGGCAGGCCGAAUUCGACGCCCUGCCGUAUUCAGUCCAGAGAAAGUACUUUUCAUCCCUGGAGCGUUUGCAGAUCGCCCAGCACGCCUCCGACGAGCCUACUACAUCAGGCCGCUCGUCCCAGGCCAGCACCGCUUCCAAAUCCCACCGGCCCUCGCUAUCUCUCGGCACCGGACGACGCAGACGCAAAUCCGAAAAGGCUGUGCACGCUCACGACAUUUCCCACAUUGACCUUGACUUCUUUCUCUCCUUGCCUGAAAAGGUACGCAAGCAGCAUUUUUCCCGCGAAGAGCAGGCCCUCCUCCAAGGCAGGCACGAACAGGCGUUCCUUCCCGACGACCAGGAUCCCGAGUGGGCACAACAACGCUUCAACGAUUUUCACUUCGACUUCUCCCACUCCACGCUCGACCUUCCGGAACGCGGCCGUUCACGACGUCGUUCAUCUUCGGCCUCUUCGACCGUCAGCCCUUCCCGCCCUACUUUCGGGCCUUCUUGUACAUCAAACACGGACAAGGACCGAAACACCCAUUUGCUAUAUCUCGACACAAUGGCCACGCCCAUCUUCCAUCGGAGGGAAACCUCAACGGCAGACAUGAGACGAACCAUGUCCCUCACGUCGCACCCUGUCCGCCUUGGAUCUUCAUACAUGGCGGAUCCUCCACUCUUCAAUGCUCGGCCGAAUCGACUUCACCAGCGUGCCCACUCUUCUUCUCUUACAGGCCACAUAUCGCCGUCUACGCCGCCAACUCUCAUGAUCGACCCCGAAGCGACACACUACCAGGAUCCCGAGGCGAGGAAAAAGCUGCGCAUGUAUCUUGCAUCUCCUCAAAAGUUCGACGAAGCGAUUGAAUUCGGCUUCCCAUCGUCCGCUGGAAGCGACGCCGCUACACCCCACUUCCAGCUGCCACAGAUCGACAAUCAUGCUCGCAAGUUCAGCCGAGACAUGCACACCUUCCUUAGGGAUGGACAGCUGUCGUUCUUCGAAGACCAUCCAAAGGAGAACCAGGGACUGGAAUCUGAUGCCGGCUCUGUAGCCGACAUGGACUCACCUGCCACGCCCUCUAGCACCGGCCUGUCUUUCCGCAUGCACUCCCGACAAAUCUCGCACCGCAAGUUCUCGGUCGAUUCGCCGGCUCCGUCGCCUGUCCACUCCGCCAAUGGGCAUUUUAAUCGCGAGAUGACGCUCCGUAUGACCUUGACCCGGCCCGAUUUACGAGCUGACGAAGAUCAACUGUAUGGCUGGCAAGGCUCAGGCUCAAGCUCAAGUCCCAAAACCUCGAAAGACGAUCCUCUGGCACUGGAAGACCUUGUCUUCACCGACGACAUGACCGGUACCAAGGGCGCCUUCUACGUCAAGCCUAAACCGCGCGGAAACCUCGUGAGCCGCCUACUGAAGCGUGCCAGCCUCAAGGCCACCACUCGCUGA